CUUGCCGUAUAAGUCCACAUGAACUCUUCGCGUGCUGAGCUCAGGAAACGCGUUAUCCUGUGACCUCUUUAGCUGGUGGCUUUUCUGUGUGGAGGAAGACAGAACAACACUUGUUGUCAGAGUGCGUGCUUGUAGGAAGUGUGUCGUGUUCUAUACACUUUAUUGAGAACACUUAGUGUCAUUAGACUUGAUGAUGCCACAAGCGCCUACGCCCGUGGUGCCAACACGCCCACGUCUCGGUUUCUCCAUAGAGUCUCUGGUGGGUUGUGGAGAUGAGAAGCGCAGAUCAGCGUCCCCGCCCGCGCCGGGCUUCACGAAGCUGCCGGAGUCGCCGCCGCACCACUCGCCGCGGGAGGUUGGGAGCCUCGCUCUCCCGCGGGAGUUUCUUCUCGUCCGAGAACAACAGCUUCGCGAGCAGCUUCGGGAUCAGCUUUUGAAAGAACAGCUCUUCCGUGUGCAGCAGGCGCGGCAGGAGCCUUACCAGCCUCCCUCACCUCUCACAUCACCAGUGAGAGCACACUCUCCCAACACUCAAGUGGACGAGGACAAGAAGGAGUCAUCACCGCUCACCAGUCCAGUGUCUCUACCACCCCCAAGCUUCCUGCAGGGGUCUGGUGUUCAUCUGCCCCCUCACCUGCUGUCCCUGGGCGGCCACACCAUGCCACACCUGCCCGCACCCCUCAUGCCCCACCCGUUACUGGCACAAGGGCAGGUUCCUCAGCUGGGGACGCCACUGCCCCCUUCCCCGCGAGACUACCCACUCUACCCCUGGCUCCUCUCCCCACGCCACGGCAGGAUCUUCCCUCCAGGAUUCCCCGGCGGCCACGACUUCCCCACCUUCCUGUUGCCCUUCAGGAAGCCCAAGAGGAUCCGGACGGCGUUCAGCCCGAGUCAGCUGCUGAAACUUGAACAAGCGUUUGAGAAGAACCAGUAUGUGGUGGGAGCCGAGAGGAAACAGCUGGCCCAGACCCUCAACCUCUCUGAAACACAGGUUAAAGUUUGGUUCCAGAACAGAAGAACCAAACACAAACGACAGCAGCAGGAGGACGAGGGCGGCGAGGGAGGAGAGAGGAAGAGUGAGGAUAAACAGAGCGAGGAGGAAGGUCUGGUCCUCGAGCAUGAAGAGGACGAAGAGCUCGACGUCGAGAACGAGGCCGAAACCCACUAGUCGCAUCCCCCUUGAUCCCUUCCGACACGUCUUCCUCCGUCUCUCUUGCGGCGUCCACCUACUCUUCCUCCUCCUCCUCGACUUCACCUCAGACAGUCAGGAGGAGGAUGGGAGUCGCACAUCUCGGUGAUCUUCCUGCCCCUCCCCCCCCAAUCGCCUCCUGCUCGAAGCCUCUUCCUCCUCCAUCCUGCUCCUCCGAAAUCGACACUCCUACGCCACCAACUCCACCCUGCACCUCCACGCCUUCCACGCCCCCUUCCUACACCACCACCUCCACCCUGCACCUCCACGCCUCCCUCCUACACCACCACCUCCACCCUGCGCUCCAAGAGACCCCCUCACGUCAUUCCGCUUACGUCAGGCCGAGUUUCCAAGAAAUAUCGGGUUGUGUCUGUGAGCCGAUCUAACGCGCCUGUCUGGAAAAUUCGAUUUAGUAUAUACCUUCCAGCGAUCUUCUGGUAUAUUCAAAUAUACUCAGAUAGAUGAGGAUAAUCACGAUAGAGAUUCACCUUGGCGAUCUUUAAGUUAUAACUUCAGUAUCUGAAGGAGAUGGUCGAGUAUUUUGUCCAUAUUUUUUUGUGAAAGUACAAUGAGUGUGAGUCCCCCUCUCCAUAGAUCAUAUCCGCUUAACUAUUUAAUAGACUGUUAACAAUAUUUCCAUGUUAUUUAUUAAUUUCAGUCUAUAUGUAUAUUUUCUUCAUUGAUUGAAAUAUCACAAUGGCUUCCUUUAUUAGCUUUUUGUAUUACGUGGAUGAUAUUCAUCUGUUGUUCCCUUCAUACACACACACACACAUACAUACAACCAUCAAAAUAAAAACUGUAUUUCAUCAACAUUUCAUCUUAAAGAAAAUCACUGUAGCUUAAACCUGUAUAAAGUUGUCUUGUGUUUCUUUUUGUUGUUUCUCACUUGUAAAGUUUUUCAUUGUUCUUCAGAAAAUUUAUCAUUGUUUUCUUUUUUUAAAUGUGUUCUUCCUCUCCUCCUUCCUCUUCUUCCCGUCCUUCACAGCGCUACGAAGGUCCUCCCAAAGUUCCUAUAUGUGCCAUAACUUGUACAUGUUUGUAAAUAAGACAGAAUAAUUUAUAUGUAAAUAAUGUACGUAAUGAGAUUUUAUUUGCUGUAUAUAGAUUCUCACUGAAUUCUUUGUGCCAGUAUUGUGGAAAAAAAACCCCCUACAAAUAGGGAGUUUUAUUUCCUAAUUAUGCUUUACAAUAAACUGUUUUAUCUCCA